GGACCUUUCCCUCCCCGCCCCCACCGGUUAGGCCUAGGCAAUGUUGGCCACACGUCGAGGCUGGGGCGCGCGCGGCUGUUUGCAAAUCGCGCUGCUGCUCGGGGCUGCCGUCUUGUGGGCUUCCCGGCAGAGCUUCUCGGAAGCCGCCACUGCGGAGCCUCCUCCGGCGGCGGUGAGCGCGGAAAGGAGCCUGGUUUGGGGGCCCGGCUUGCGCGCCGAGGCCACCCUCCCCGUCCGGUAUUUCUGGCUGCAGGCGGUCGGCAGCGACGGGCGCAACUUCACGCGCUCCCCGCCAGGAAAUGCACAAUUUGAAGUGAAAAUCAAACCCAUCUCCCCCAAAGAAGUUGUUCAGAUCCAUGUCCCUAAGUUUCUGGAUAGGAACGAUGGCUCCUUUCUCAUGCGAUACCGGUUGUACGGAAGCGUGAAGGAAGGCUUAAAGGUGGAGAUUCUUUAUGGCGGUGCACAUGUCGCUGAAUCUCCCUAUAUCCUGAAGGGUCCAGUUUAUCAUGAAUAUUGCGAAUGCCCGGAAGAAGAUGCUCAGAUUUGGGAGAAAAGUCUUUCAUGUCCUUCAGAGCACCCUCAGAUUAUCGAGGAUUUUGCUAUGUUUCCUAGCAUUGAUCUUCAGCGGAUGUUUGAUGAGGUUCCACCAAGAUUCGCCCAAAAGAUGGGAGCCAUUGUUCAUUAUACUGUCAUCGGCAAUCACAUCUAUCGCCGGUCCUUGGGGAAGUACACAGACUUCAAAAUGUUCUCGGAUGAAAUGUUGCUGUCGCUGGCGAGGAAGGUCCACCUUCCUGAUGUGGAAUUUUAUCUCAAUGUUGCGGAUUGGCCUGUUGAGCAUCGGAAAGCAAACGACACCCCUGGCCCCCUGCCUAUCCUUUCCUGGUGUGGCUCUAUGGAUUCAGCAGACCUGGUACUUCCAACCUACGAUGUCACCCAUUCAACCCUAGAAACUCUGCGAGGCGUCACAAAUGACCUCCUGUCUAUUCAAGGAAACACAGGACCUGCCUGGGACAACAAAACAGAACAAGGGUUCUUCAGAGGUCGAGACAGCCGGGAAGAACGGCUUCAGCUGGCGCAGCUCUCCAAGGAAAACCCAGAACUGCUGGAUGCUGGAAUAACAGGUUACUUCUUCUUCAGAGAAAAGGAGGCGGAGCUGGGGAAGGCUCCUUUGAUGGGGUUCUUUGACUUCUUUAAGUACAAAUACCAGGUGAGUAUAGAUGGCACAGUUGCAGCCUACAGGUUUCCCUACCUCAUGCUGGGCGACAGCCUUGUGAUCAAGCAGGCUUCGCAGUACUACGAGCACUUCUAUAAGGAGCUGGCGCCCUGGACCCACUACGUUCCCGUUAAAAGAAACUUGGAAGACUUGCUGGAAAGAAUAAAAUGGGCCAAGGAAAAUGAUGAAGAAGUCAGAAAAAUUGCCAAGGAAGGACAGGCAGCUGCAAGAGAACUACUGCAGCCUCACCGGCUUUAUUGCUACUAUUUCAAAGUGUUCCAGAAAUAUGCUGAACGCCAAGCUGGUAGACCUGAAAUACGGGAUAGGAUGGAAUUUGUACCUCAGCCUGAUGACAGGACUUCGGCCUGCAGCUGCCACAGGAAAAAGCCUUCAAAGGAAGAAUUAUAAGUAACCCUGCCAAAUGAGAUCAAAUAUAUAGCCUGUUGCAAGAA